ACAGUCAUUUACAGUUUCGUACCUUAAAAAUAAAUGUGGGUUGUCCUUAGAAUCUGCUUUAACUGCCUCCAAGCAUGUUCAUUUCGAAACCCCAGAAAAACCUGACUCUGUCAUUGCGUUAUUCAAGAACCAUGGUUUUCUCACAGCUCCAAAUCACCCGCCUCAUCAAAAAACGGCCACUAGUGCUUAUAUCUGAUGCUGAGAAAACCCUUUUGCCCAAACUUGAAUUUCUUCGCUCUAAAGGUUUUUCAAUCCCUGACCUUGCCAAAAUCGUGUGUAAUACCCCAGCUACAAUGGCGUUGAGCUUAGAGAAAAAAAUAAUCCCUUCUUUUAAUUUCCUUAGUAAUGUGCUUAUGUCUGAUGAGAAGAUUAUUCAUGCUGUAAAACAAAAUCCGCGCCUUAUGGGUUACAGCCCUAAUGCUGUUUUGUUACCCAAUAUCAAUAUUCUUCUGGAUAAUGGAGUUCCUGAAUGUAAUAUUGUUAAAACACUUUAUUCUCUGCCUUCAACAUUGAUCAAAAGUCCAAUUCGGUUUAAGGAUAUGGUAGAGGAAGCAAAGGAAAUGGGGUUUAAUCCUUCGAGGCCAAUGUUUAUGGUAGCACUCUAUGCAAUGAGUUCAAUGACCAAACCAACAUGGAGGAGGAGGUUUGAAGUUUUUAAGAAGUUUGGUUGGUCUGAGCAAGAGGUUUUAGAAGCUUUUCAGAGGCAUCCCACGUUUAUUAGGGUGUCCGAGGAUAAAUUUAUGGCGAUAAUGGAUUUUCUAGUGAACAGAAUGGGUUUUCAGUCUUUACGCAUUGCCAAACAUCCCCGAAUACUGUUGAUGAGCUUGGAGAAAAGGAUUGUUCCGAGGGGUCUGUUUGCUCUAGAUUUGUUGUCCAAAGGUGUUAUCAAACACAUUAACUUGAGGGCAUUGUUGGGCCCUUCAGAUUCUUCAUUUAUUGAGAAGUUUGUGAACCGCUAUGAUGCUGAACUGUUAAAGCUAUAUCAAGAAAAGUUAGAUCUUUCAAAAAACUGGAAAAUGGGUGGGCACAAGCUGCAGCAUUUAUAGAUUGUUGACAUUAAAAGAUUCAAAUUUUCCUCUUUUUCCUUUGAUUGAGUUGGAUUCUUUAAUCUGAAACUUGAGUUUUGGUUAGGAAUGCCACUAAUACGAAUUUUUUAGCUUUAUUAUUUUCUGCCAUUAGUGAAGCUUGAAGUUGACUCUGUGCGACAAUUAGCUGUACUAUUUUGUGUUACUUUUGUAUCCAAUGCAGCUGGGAGACAAACUUCUCAAGUUAUAGUUAUUGUUUUGCCUGAUAUCUGCUUUCUGUAGCUGCACAUUCUCAUGCCAUGUCUAAGCAAGGAGCAUAUUUAGGAUUGGUUUAAUAUCCUGCCCGCUAUUCUGAAAGUGCACCAUGAUGCUCCAGCCCCAAGUGUUUAAAUAAUUCCAAGAAAAGCUUACGAUCACGAGAAACCUUGUAAAUUUCUGACAUUUUGGGGGUUAAUAAUGCAUGAAAAUAUUGUUUUUUGUUGAUGUUCUACAGGUUUUUGUUCUUUCAUUUUGGUUGUCCAGGGACUGUGGGCUAGGGGGUUGUAGAAUGGAAGCUAUAUAAUACAGGUUGUGAACCCAAAAUUCAACUAUUUUUUGUCAUUUGAAAAAAGAACAUAGAGUUCUUUACUAUGCUAAUGUUUGUGCAGCUAACCUAAUUAACUCCUCAAACUUGAUUUCGUUUCUGAUGUGAUGAGAGUGCAAUGAUUGGCUGUGGGAUGCCACCAGAGCCCACUAUGCAAGGCUCAAAAGGUUGCAUGUUUAAAGUGUUAGCUUGAUACCCUACAAUAUGGAAAUGGAAUCAUUCUACUCCCCCCCCAAUUGGUUUAGCCGCUUCUAUCCUCCAACAAUGACUGGUAUAGUAAGAGGAGACAUAGCUAUACUUGGGGGGCAAUAUACAGCAAUUCUAAAGGAUGGUUGAUUGCAGUGUAAUCCUCCAAAUCCGGUUUGGCUCACUGCUGUGUCACAACAAUAAAUCCCUAUGAAUAAUCGUCUUAGCUAACAUUUAGGGAGACAAAUUAGCCCUUUGUCUCAAUACUUAUAGCAGCCUGAUUUGUUCUGAUGAAAAGACUGUCAAAGCUAUAAAAGGGUAACCAUUUCUUAUUUCAUAUAGUAUGAAUAUUAUUAAUGGUCAUUUGGUGUGUAAUAUCAAUAUUUUACGAGAUCAUGGAAUGCCAGAAUCAAAUAUUAUCAAGAUACUUUAUCAAUUUCCUAGUUCUUUGUUGACAAAUCCUGGUAGCCUUAAGGAAAUAGUGGGAAAAAAAGACGAAAUUGGGUUGAAUAGGUCCUCUGAUACUGAAAUUUG